CACGGUCACCGUUAUUGUUUUUUUAAACGGUCACACAGGGUGUAUAGAAACAAGGGAGACCCCCCCCCCCCCAUGUACCGCUGGUUAACUUAGUAGUCCGUAGUCACGGUUCUCCUUUAAAUUUCCUCCGUGCCCGGGCACCACAUCUGCCACUACCAUCAGCAGCAGUAGCGCAGGCUUCUUGAUGUUGUGGUCGGGAAUACGCAUGCGCCCGGCAUUGGAAUUACUGCACUGAGAAGAAUAAGUUGGACCUCGUCUGUCUUCGGUAAAAGAAAAAGACACACCACAUAAGUAUGGCAGUGUUCAGAAUAAGAAGAAUGCGGUGUUUCGGGGUUUGGUUCUUCCCUCUCGUGGUGACCGUGGUGUGCGUUCAAAGUGCCGGUGUCAAUGAUCCUAGCAAUAUGUCUUUGGUUAAAGAAACGGUGGAUAGGCUGUUGAAAGGUUAUGAUAUACGAUUGAGGCCAGAUUUCGGAGGUCCUCCGGUCGGAGUGGGGAUGAACAUAGACAUCGCCAGCAUAGACAUGGUGUCAGAAGUCAACAUGGACUACACGCUGACCAUGUACUUCCAGCAGGCCUGGCGAGACAAGCGGCUGUCCUACUCGGAGAUCCCCCUCAACCUGACCUUAGAUAACCGGGUGGCUGACCAGCUCUGGGUCCCCGACACCUACUUCCUCAACGACAAGAAAUCCUUCGUCCACGGCGUCACGGUGAAAAACAGAAUGAUCCGACUGCACCCGGACGGUACCGUGCUGUACGGUCUAAGAAUCACUACCACCGCUGCUUGUAUGAUGGACCUGAGAAGGUAUCCACUGGAUGAACAAAACUGCACCCUCGAGAUAGAGAGUUAUGGCUACACCACGGAUGACAUCGAGUUCUACUGGCGAGGAGGAAACAAUGCUGUGACAGGGGUGGACAAGAUCGAACUGCCUCAGUUUUCCAUCGUGGAUCAUAAUCUCAUCUCCAAGAAUGUCGUCUUCUCCACAGGUUCCUACCCUCGUCUGUCCCUUAGUUUUAAACUGAAGCGAAACAUCGGGUACUUCAUCCUGCAGACGUACAUGCCUUCCAUACUCAUCACGAUCCUCUCAUGGGUCUCCUUCUGGAUCAACUAUGACGCCUCUGCUGCCAGGGUGGCUCUGGGUAUUACCACGGUGCUGACCAUGACGACCAUUAACACCCACCUGAGAGAAACCCUCCCCAAAAUCCCCUACGUCAAGGCCAUAGACAUGUACCUCAUGGGCUGCUUCGUCUUCGUCUUCCUGGCUCUGCUGGAGUAUGCAUUGGUAAACUACAUUUUCUUCGGGCGGGGCCCACAGCGUCAGAAAAGGGCAGCCGAGAAACUGACCACGGCCAACAACGAAAAGAUGAGGAUGGAUCCCAACAAGUGGCUGGUGGGGAAUGUAGUUGGCAGGGACGACACUCUGUAUGCGAGAAUGAAACAAAGGGAUCUGGAUGGUCACGACUCGAUCUGGGAGCCCAUCUUUGUGGAUGACGGAGCGAUUGGACUUGGCGAACAAAAGAACAAGAUGGACCCACAUGAAAACAUCCUCUUGGGCACCCUGGACAUCAAGAACGACAUGGGCAUCUCCGAGCUGGCGCUGGGCCUCAACGACCCACGCAACACCAUGCUGACCUACGACAGCUCGACCCUGCAGUACCGCAAGGCCGGCCUCGCCAGGCACAACUUUGGGCGAAACACGCUGGAGUGUCACAUGACUCAGAAGAAGAGCCGGCUACGGAGGCGCGCGUCCCAGCUAAAGAUCAACAUCCCAGACUUGACUGAUGUAAACUCUAUUGACAAAUGGUCGAGGAUCAUCUUCCCGACGGUCUUCUCCUUAUUCAACAUCAUUUAUUGGCUUUACUACGUCAAUUGAGAGAAACAGAGGGACAGCAGUGAGUGCGAGAGCAAAGAGCAAAACAUGUUGCUCGUUUGUUGUUUGUAUUCGGGUCGUGUCAUUUUUAUGUGAUCAUGUGAAACUGGACUGAAUGACCACAUUCAGAACUGGAACUAUCAUAUAACACGUAAAAACCUUAUAAAAGAGAGAUUACAAACAUAUAUAAGGUGCCUGUUCCUGAGUAACUGUCUGAAUUGUACAUACUGUGUGCAUUAUGUAUCCUGCCAUUUUAUUUGUAUCUUUCUUUGGAUACUUUUCUAUGUUUUUGUUACGUUCGAUCCGCAGCACACGUUAUUAUUUGCCAAAAAUAUCAUAUCACUUAGAAACCAAAAGACAGCUGACACAAAAUUAUUGUUAAAUAUUAUUACACUACUUAAUAGUGUUUAAUGGUGUUUCAGGAUGAAGUAUGUUAAGCACACCAAAUGUGUAGUUACUCGCAUUGAUUCAUAGUACCACGAGGGCCAUACAGCAUAAUGUACCAUCAGAGUAACUUUUAUACUUUAUUAUACUGGGAGCUCUAAUUGAUUCAUUUCCAAGAAUCCUCUGAGUUAAUAAGCCAUUUUAAAAUGGAAGCAUUAUGUAAUAUUAGCAAAAAUUCCAGGUUUUAACUCAGAUUGCACUAAUGAAGAAAAAAAAAUUGUAUAUAGGGACACUUAUUAUUAUAAGGAUACUAUGACAGAGAAAAAAAAACCUUUCAGCCCUCUAUACUCACUUCCUGCAUAUGUAUUUACCACAUUGACAGAAAACAAAGUGUGAAUUGCUGAAAAGGGCACUUUAUAUUCUCCAGUCCACCGACCAUAACAAAGCACAAGCAAGCCUUCAAAAAUCAGCCUUUGACACCAUUAUCUAAGAAUAUUUCCGUUUGUUGUCUAUUUCUUUUGAAUAACAACCCAAAUUGAUGUAAUUAACAUUAGUAAAAGUCCUCUGAAUUGCGCAUCGUUUUCAGAUGAAAAAUAUAGUAAAUUCUCAUUAAAGGAAAAAGCCGUAAAUCCAAAACCAACAUCUAAUUGACAAUUAGAGAUGAUUUACUAAUGAUGCUGUGCUUUGGACACAACGUUGAUUUUUAUAAAACGAUUUUGCACAUACGUUUUAAAAGCCAUAGCGGCUGUAUUGUUGUUCUAACACCUGGUGCUUAUGGCAACUAUCUCAACUCAAAGGGGACUCUAUUGAUACGAUUACAGUCACACUUUCUGCUUCAGAUACAGCAAGGUUAAAAUGGAGAAUUAUACGUCUGGCUGCAACACAUAAGGACACGCUUCUCAUCCAUCUCUCCGCAGUUUUGCCACAUUGUGUGAAUAAAUUCUGGCUUUAUGGCUUUUUCUGGCUUCCAGCAUUCACACACCACCAAAUCAGAAGCCACAGCCCCACAGCAACAGACAAAGGGAUUUUCACCACUACUGACAACGUGAAGAGGAAGAGGGGGUGACUCCAAGUAUCCUUCACAAAUGACAUAAAAAUGCAAUCCAGAAAGUGGAUUCUUUGUCUCGGGAGUGUUUUGAGUUCGAUUCAAAAGGUUAAUUUCUGCUGGUAUGCCAUCAGUAUGAUUGUGAAAGUGUGUGUGUAUAAACACUCAAUGUUUUCAUGUUUCAUUUAAGAUAAAGUAAGUAAACACAUACAGUCACGUCUCACUGCAUGCCCUGUACAGUAGUAACGCCUUGAUUCUCCGUUUUUUGCUCCCUUUUCACAGAAUUAUUUUACUUUAUUUGUGCUUUUUUAUGUUAAAUUCACUAAUUCCAUUUACAAUUGAGCAAACAUGAGUCUGUGAUUGCAAUUUAUUAACUAUGUCUGAUUGGUAUUUCAACUAUUAAUGAUGUUAUCAAGAGUAUUUACAUUUUUCUAAAAAGCAUUUACAUACGUUUUAAAACUGACACUGCUGCAUUUUCACAAGCACUGCCCGAUAACUGAAAUGUAAGCUUUGAUUGAACAUGGUGUACCGUUCUCAAUUACAAUAACCUCCGUGGUGUUUACAUGUGACUUAUUAAAAUGAACCGUUUUCACGUUGUGGUGAUCCAGGUGUUGAAAAAGUAAAUAGUUUAUUUUGGUUCUGGGAACUUUUGGAUGGUUCUGGUGAUUUUGUUUGAUCAAAUUAUUCUCGUAUUUCUUUUUCUUACUUUUCUUUUUCAGGAUUCAUUCAACCAAGAACAAACACUAAAGGGAUCCGGAUAGAUUUUAAGGGUUACUUGUAUAGAUUAUUGUACAUUUUUCUAUAGAUGAGGAUGAGUUGGAAUAAAUUCAGAUUCAGAAUCUCGUCCCUCAACAAAUAUAGGUAGUAUGUAUGUAUACAUAUCAUAGAAGAGUAUUAAUUAUCGAAUGGAUCAUUUUAAUCGUGUAAAUAUUGUUUUUUGAAUAUCAUUUUUACAGUAAUGUUAAGAGAAUGCAAAGGCUGAUGUUCAACGAUGUAAAUAGUCUAUUUUGCAGUGUCACUUGACCACCUCUGUUUUUCUUUUUGCUCUAUUUGUUUGGCCAAAAUGUAAUAAUCUGUAUUCAUGAAUGUAGUUGAUAUUCGUUUGCAGCAUGUAUUUGCUGCAAUCUGUCAGCAAAAGGUAUUUUCAAUCAAUUGUACCAAUGAUCAGCUAGAAAAACACACACAGAUUAAAAUGUCCAGUGAUAGAGAAGCUAGCGAUGCCUUUGUAUCAACCCGAAAGACAACCAUCUCAGGUCAGCACCCUUUCACUCUCAACUAACAACAAUACUGCCGCAAACCCAAGAAUUCUACUUCAAGUACUCAAAGUAGUCUCCUCUGUUUGACACAAGGCCCGUCCUGCUGUUCAGAGCACACACUUAGACCACAAACAGAAACGGCAUGCUUUUUGGGCCCGAAAAUAAAUUAUUUCCCAAAAUGAAAAAAAAAAAA